UCUUGUAAGUCUUUUUCAUCACACGUUGACAGGGAGUGAGGGAGGAUGUGGCGGUGGGCUGAAACGCAUGCCACAUUUGUCCUUGAAAUAGUGACUCGUGGGGUACUUUCUGUGAUUUUCCUGGAGCUGGAGAACACAUCACCGUUUGUCCGCAAGAUUCACCGGGAUGAGCUAUGGCUGUACAAGAACCCACGCACCCCAUCCUACGUCCCCAACGGCAUAUUGUGGCCGCUGGUGUUUGUGGUGCCAACGGUCAUUAUGCUGAUCUACUUUUUGGUGAAGCGUGACAAGACAGAGCUGGGCCAGGGUCUACUGUCCUUCUCCCUCGCUCUCGGCCUCAACGGCGUCAUCACGGACAUCAUCAAGCUCUUUGUCGGUCGGCCGCGCCCAGACUUCUUCUACCGGUGUUUCCCUGAUGGGCGACCUGACCUGGAUGGGGUGGUGGAUAUCGGGGCCGCCUGCACUGGGGAGCAGGUCACCAUCGAGGAGGGCCGCAAGAGCUUCCCCAGUGGCCACUCCUCAUUCUCCUUCUGUAGCCUUGGGUUCCUGAGUCUCUGGACGUGCGGCAAGCUGGGUGUGUUUGGACCGAGGCGGGGACAUGGGUGGAGACUGGUGGUGGGCCUCAUCCCCCUGGUCGUAGCCCUGAUGGUGGCCCUCUCCCGCACCACCGACUACCACCACCACUGGCAGGAUGUGCUGGUGGGGUCCGUUAUGGGUCUGUUCAUCUCAUACCUGUGUUACCGCCAGUACUACCCGCGCCUCACCUCACCCCACUGCCACCUCUCCUACCUCAUGGUGCCCUCGGUCCUCACGCCCAAGUCCCUCAACGGCACAGGAAGCAAAGGUACCUUGACCCCCUCCCAGUUCAUUGACCCCGAAUCACCGAUGGAGGAACAAGUUAAGUGGAUGUAAGCCUGUCCACUUGCCGACAUGAUUCCCUCCCUCCUCAGUUGUCGACGUAAUAUUAUUCUUUUUUUUUUUCUCUUUUACUUCGCUUACUCUUUACUCUCACCUGCCAAUCUAAAUUUCUCCUUUUUCUCUCUUUCUCUUUUGUUAGUGUGUAAUUCCCUCUAAUUUUCUCCUUUUUCUCUCUCUUUUGGUAGUGUGCAAUUCCCUCUAAUUUUCCCCUUCUUCUCUCUUUCUCUUUUGAUAGUGCGAAUUCCCUCUAAUUUUCUCUUUUUUCUCUCUUUCUCUUUUGAUAGUGUGCAAUUCCCUUCUCACUUGCCAAUCUAAUUCCUCCCUUUUUCUCUCUUUCUCUCUUGAUAGUGUCCAGUUUCCAUCUUACCUGUUAACUUAAUUUUAUUUUUUUCUCCCUAUUUUUUUUUUACUGUCCUAUUCCCUUUUUGCCUGUCUGCCUAUUUUUCUCAAUUUUCCUUUUUUUCUUAAGUAAUACUAUCAGGUUGUCAUCAUCAUCAUUAUCACCAUUAUUAGUAUUAUCAUUGUUUACUUACUCAUCACUUUUAUGAUAGUGUUCACAUUUCUCUCUCUUUUCAUUAGUGUCCUCAAGUUGUCGAUAUAUUAUGUAUUAUUAUUAUUAUCAUUAUAUUUUUUUCAAAUAUAUAUGUGCAUUUAUUUAUUUAUUACUUAUCUGAUAGUAUUUUUUUGCUUUCUCUGUUGCUCAGUAUUGUGAGAAAAGUGUUGCGUUACUUUUACCGCUUAUGAAAAGUGGAGGUGAUUCUCGUCAUUAUUAUACACUCCAUGCUAUUGUGUGCGUGUGCUUGUGACUUCAUUGGUUGUACUUUUUUCCACUCUGCUCUUGCUUACAGAGAGACUAGUCAGUGAGUUUUGGAUACAAUUUAAAUAUUAUACACUGUAGAAAACUUUUUAUAUUAAUAGUUGUCAGAAGAAAAAUAAUACGAUCUUUGGAUAUUUAAAUCUUAUAAGUUAAAGAAAAGUUUUAGCUAAAGGCUUCAAUUGAAUGGAAGGUUAUUGUUGUUUAGGUAUUCUAAAGUCUUGAUAGGAGCUACUGUUAUAAAUGUGGAUUUGUUUAAGUGCUGCAAAACAGUUUUAUAUACAAAAAAGGUUUUAUAUAAAUUUUUCAAGUUUAAUGAAUGGUUAUUGUCAAGGUAUUUUAAAGCUCACAAUAAGACCUGCUGUUAUAUAUGUCAGCUAUUUUUUUUAUAUAUUAUCAAUGAUUAUAGAUUAAUACACAAGAGUAUUAUUUAUGGUGUUCAUAUGAAAGGUACAAUCCUUUCAAGGUAUUCUUUAACUUCACAACAAGAGCUGUGGCUACUAACAUGAUGUCCCAAUACUGUAUAGUAUUACUAAACAUUCAUGGUUUCAUAGACUAGGGAAAAGUUUUGUGUACAUAUAAUCUUUAUAUGAAUGAAAGGUUAUUUAUGUCAAGGUAUUCUUAGGUUUAUGAGCUGCAGAUACAAAUGUAAAGACUGCAAGUGAAAAGUAUCAUAAUUCACUCUACACUUUCAUGCAUCGAACAAAAGUAUUCUGUAAGGCUUUCAUGUGAGAGAAAUGUUAUAACUGUCAAGGUAUUCUAAAGUUCAUAAUAACUGAACUUAUAAAUGUGAAGCCUGGACAUUCAAAUUAAGGGAAGACUUUAAAAUUAUCAUUGAACACAAUAAAGAAGUGCUGUAUAAGACCUUGGCAUGAGGUAGUAGAAGAUUUUCAUGUAAAUUUUUGUUUAAUGCACUAAAGAAAAAGGUCUUCAAAUGAGAGACAGGUUAUAAGGUCAAGGUAUUUCAAGCUUAUAGUAAGAGCUGUGGUUUGAAAUAUGAAGCUUGAAAUUUUUAAAAUACUACAAGACAUUUAUGUAAACUGUUUAAUGCUCUAAAGAAAAGUACUGUUAUAAAUAGUGUAUACCACAUCAUCUCAUGUAAACGUCAAUCAUCCUUCCCCAAAAGCUAUGUGUUUGAAGGAGGAAUAUAUUCAGCCCCUAGAAAAGUAGAAUUCAAGUGUAUUAAUGUAAUGCAAGUAAUCCUUUGUAUGAAUUUAUGCUUGGGUGAAGGAAUACUUUGUGAAAAUUCAUAUCUGUUAGUGUGGCAUAAGCAGUAACCAUUUGUAUUAAUAACUGAUAAUGCGAUAAGUACACAGCCAUCCACUCAUCCACCCUGUGUAUUGAACUUUGGAUUAAUCUCACACACACACACACACACACACACACACUAAAGCAUUGUCAAGAGGUUAGUAGUACACAUUAUAAUGUAGUAGUGAUAUAUAUUUUUUCUAAUCAUAUAUUUACAAAAGGGGAUCUGAGUGUUUUAUAAAUACAGUAACUUCUUCUGUUCUUUGUAUAACAGGACAAAACCCCAUUACAGUAUUUAUUUAUAACAAUUUCAAUGUGAGUGCAACGUUUAAAUUGGGUUGUAAUUCUUGUAAGAAAUAUAAUAAUUGUGAGUGUGUGGCCUGGCAGGAACAGGUAAUUUAGGAAUGAACUGCUGACACCUUACCUGUGUGUUGAGGUGUUUGUCCUUCAUGCCUGGUGGUGUUGUCCCUGCUCCUCCAGGCCUCCACACAGCCACCCUCCUGCCACGUGUGUUCUCGUCUUCCUCCACUCCAGUGUUCGUACAAGGCGCUUCAGUCAUUCCGUGUUCCAUAACCUCCUCCAUUCCAGACAUGUUUCCUUCAUUCCAUACGGGACUGAGGUCCAUAGUUGAUAUUUUUUUUUAUUGCAUAGUUUUCUGAAUAUUUAUGACUUUUACUAUUCCAUGCAAUGCUGGUGAUCUUACGAAAUAGUGAUGCAACACUUGUGUUCGAGAGGACCGAGCUGAAGAAGGUACAGUCCAUCGACCAUUAUUUUCCACUCCAUGUCCGGUGAAUAAAUACAUUACCACGUG